AUGUUUAAAAAGCUUCGAGUUUUCGCUUUUAAGCUUGUUCUCUAUCUUGCUAUUGCCGAUAUUUUUGUAGCAUUAGGUAAAAAUCAUAUAGGUUUCAUGGUCCCUUUCCAUCCUCCCGAUGGUGAAAACAGCAAUCUUUGUAUAUUUCAAGCAGCCCUCACUUCUUAUUUCACUGAUUGCACUAUUUAUUUGACUUCAGUUAUUGCUCAUGCUCUAUAUAGUGCAGUUGUUAAACAUAGAACUAUUGAAAAAUAUCAUCUAUAUUAUAUCUUAUUCGCUUUUGGCAUGCCUUGAAUAGGCGUAAUUAUACCUUUAAUCGCAGGCUGGUAUGGUCCAGAUAACGGCUGAUGCUGAAUUAAGCCAAAUCAAGCAUAUACACCUUGAAUGAAAUAUCUGCAGUAUUAUUUUCCUUUAUUUUUGAUAUUAAUAUAUAACUCCACAGUUUAUGUUUCCGUGAUAAAGAAACUGAAUAGAGAAACCAAUUUAGGAUCAAAUGAAGUAAAAAUGAAAAGAAAACUUGCAUUAAAAUUAAAAAUGUACCCUAUUGUGCUGUUUUUAUGCCAAAUCCCUCCAGCUAUUUAUAGGAUUUGGGAAAUUGCUAUUGAAAAUUCUUCAGAUAAAAGUGUCCCUUUUGUAUUGAUUUUGAUAUCAGGGAUCGGGCUGAGUAUCAAUGGGUUUUUAAACUCAAUAGUGUAUGGAUUUACUGGGAGUGUUAGGAAUGAAUUAAGAAAGAAAAUUUUUGGUAAAAAAAAGCCGUCUCAUGAUACAUCGUUAAUCUUUUAUAUUGUAAAAGAUGAACAAAUAACUGAAAAGCUUGUGGAGCCCUAUUAA